UUGGCCUCUGAGCACUGGUGGAUUCCGGAAAUAUGCACCAGUCCCGGGGGCCUGGAUAUAACGGAGAAUUGAGUUACCAUCAUAGCAAACCUUUAUCAAUCAAUGUAGUGAAAUGGCGGGAGGCAACCUUGAAUUUGCAGAUAUUCUCAAGAGAAAGCGCGUCAAGUUGACCCUGAAAACCGCAUGCUACUUUGGCAUUGUCCAGCGAAUCAACUCAAACAAAUCAGUGACUUUGACGGAUGUUGUCGAUGUCAAGGAUGGAAGAAAGUUCCCUGGGGUGAAACUUUUCUUUGGCCACGAGAUUGUGAAUGUGGAAUUCUGUGGGGAAACAAACGGUAUCAAUGGAGAAAUAUUCAUCCCAGAGAGUGAAGGUAUUCUGAAUGUGGAAGAGUUUCAGCCUUACAAAAAGAACAUAAUUUGUGAUAAUGAUGAUGACGCUGAUGACGAGUACGUGAACUUUCAGGUCAUCGAUGAGUUUAAUGAGAAGUUUGGACCUGCUGUGAUGCACAUUAAGAAGCAGCAUGUGAUCGGUGUGGCAGCUGAUGGAGUGGAAUCGUUCCAGCAUGGCAGACUCUGCUGGCUUCAGAUUGCAACCAAGAACAGGGUAUACCUCUUUGACAUCCUGUUGCUCGGAGCUCAAGCUUUCAAGAACGGCCUCUCCAUGAUCCUUCAGAGCCAGCGGAUGCUCAAGGUCGUGCACGACUGCCGAGGCGUUGCAAGCAGUCUGCUGGCGCAGUUCGGAGUGAAGCUCACAAACGUCUUUGACACGCAGGUGGCAGAUGUGAUGUGCUUCCUCUCGGACACGGGCGGCUAUCUUCCUGACCGGGUCAGCACGCUGCAGGAGGUGGUCAGCACGUACCUCAAGGUGCCCUCCUCCGGACUCUCCUCUCUUCGGAUGAAGACAAUGCUCAGCAAGGAGGAGAGGGAGAUGUGGUACGCCCGUCCGUGCCCUCUGCCCCUGCUCAAGGUCAUGGCCCUGGGUGUGAUCCACCUCCAGCCCCUCCGGCUGGUGCUGCUGGACGCAAUGAUGACGGAGUACCUGGACCGAGUCGACUCCUACCUCAGCAACAGCCUCACCGAGCCUGGCGCCGUCGGGCACAUCACCAUGAGCAACGUGUUGGAGCUUCCCAGGGAGCUGAGGGAACUGGAGCACCUGCGGAAGGACCGCAAGCGCCACGCCCUCGACCACCUCUACCUCAACCAGCACGGGCUGCUGGAUCGCUUCAAUCCCCGGGCCAACCACCCACCCGAAGCCACGCCUCAGUCUAAGACCCCGCCCAUAACCACGCCUCAGACCCUGCCCAUAGCUAAGUCUCCCUAUCAGACCCCGCCAAUAACCACGCCUCAGAUCCCGCCAAUAACCACGCCUCCCUAUCAGAGCCCGCCCAUAUCCCAGCCUCAGACCACGCCCACAACCACGCCUCAGACCCUGCCCAUAACCACGCCUCCCUAUCGGACCCCCCCCACAACCACGCCUCAGACCCUGCCAAUAACCACGCCUCGGACCCUGCCCAAAACCAGGCCUCUGUUUCAGACCCCACCCAUAGCCACGCCUCUGAUUCAGACUCCGCCCACAAUAGCGCCUCUGUUUCCUUCCACGCCCAUAACCAAGCCUCUGUCUCAGGCCCCAACCAUAAGCGCACCUCUGUUUAAGACCGCCAUGCCUCGGAUCCAGGCAGAGGCCCCAAACAACGUGCCACGCUUGGAGCCUCCGCCAAUCGAACAAGCAUUCAGUUUUCUCCAAAUGGAGGCACCUGCAAGCCGCCCUCAGCUAACCAGGGGGUCCUCCCUGCAGUCCACUGCCCUGAUAACCGCUGGGUUGGCCGCAAGCCCUCCCCCUGCAGUCCUGGGUCCGGCUCCUCCCCCUGCAGUCCUGGGUCCGGCUCCUCCCCCUACAGUCCUGGGUCUGGCUCCUCCCCUUGCAGUGGCUCCCAGGCCGUCCCUGUCUCCCAGCAACCCUGGAAUGAGAGAGUUGAUGCUGGGGCGAAUUGGCAGGGGAAGGCCCCUAAGUGAAGCCCCCCAGGCUCCCCCUUUUGCGCUCCCAUCGUUUGGGAGAGGGUUGUUGCUCCAGAAGGCCCCGGUCUCGAGUCCGGUCCCCCAGGAUUGGCACCUCCCUUGGGCCUCUAUGGAUAAUCAGAUGUCUCCCAGUGCCAUGCCGUGCCUGGUUAGAGACACUGCGGGCCCCCAGGACCUCAGGGCCGCUAGGGACCUGCAGGGAGUUGUUCCCGGCCUGGGAAGAGGACAGUUUAAAGUGUCCAUCAGUCCCUUCUCCCCAACUCUCGGUCAGUCCUUUGCCUCCUUCAGGAGGUAGAGGGGAUUCUGAGCCACAAACCCACGUUCCUGUUUGCUGAUCUCGUAUUGCAUGUUAUUCUACACUAGGCCAAUAGAUGGCAGGAGAUGUUUGUUUCAUUUUUGCUGAAAAGAUUUUGCCUGUUCCAAAGCGUUCUGUCUUUGGUUUCAUUAUAUUCAGCGUGAUGCAUAACUUGCAGUGUUCUGAAAAAUAUGUUACAGUUUGGUUUUUCCUUCCUCAUCCGUUUUUUGUGAUUUGUACUACUGUUAAGCAAUCAGAAAUGCAGUUAUCAUUACCAAUAUCUGUUUGUAUUGCACCCUGUGUUCUUAAAUCUUACAUCCAUUCCAUACAAAGUGUGUGUUUUCUUGGUCAAUAAAUAAUCCCGU